AGUCAGGGGCGGACAGAGGGACAAACGAGUAUCGCGUUGACUUAGAUAGUCCGUUUAUUGUCGCUGUUUGUCCGUGACAGCAGGUUUGGGUUUUACCAGACACUCAGACAUCACCUCCACCGGGAUAUGAGGCUUCUUUAGGGUGGUGUCGAGCUGUCAUUCACCGCUGAGGAAACGCCAGUCUCCGUGUGUUGGUAAAGACUCAGCAGCUGUAGAAGACCCGCCAGACCAUGAACUACGUGGGCCAGUUGGCGGGCCAGGUGUUUGUCCAGGUCAAAGAGCUCUACCGAGGCCUCAAUCCCGCCACGCUCUCUGGCUGCAUUGACGUCAUCGUAGUGAGACAGCCCGAUGGAUCCCUGCAGUGCUCACCUUUCCACGUCCGUUUCGGCAAGAUGGGAGUCCUCCGCUCCCGAGAGAAAGUGGUGGACAUGGAGAUCAACGGCGAGCCAGUGGAUCUACACAUGAAGCUCGGGGACAAUGGAGAAGCAUUCUUUGUGCAGGAAACAGAAAAUGAUCAGGAAGUGGUUCCCUCCUACCUGGCCACCUCUCCCAUCUUGUCAGACGGAGCCAUCAUGAUGAGCUCCUCCCUGAUGGGGAAGAGCUCCGGGCCACCGAUACAGACCCUGGGCUCCGCGGGGACCUUGGGAGAGACGGGCAGUUCCAUGAUGAUGAAGAAGAGGAGGAAAAGGAGGAGGAAGGCCAGGGCGGACAGCGUACGGAGGGAGGAGAGCGGGGAAUACUCGGAGGACGAAGACAUGUUCACUAUAGACAUCAGCUCGGAUGAAAUGGCGGAGAUCGAGAGCAACAGGAGUUCGUCUCGGGAUGUUCUAAGAGAGGAGACCACAACCACUUCAACCAGCGGCUCAUUCAAACAGACGGGCAUCUACACUCGUUCAGAUGGAGAGUGGAGCCCCAUUCAGAGCCCUGGAAACUCUCGUUCUACCUCUCCCAAGAGCGACUCUGAGCUAAUGACCAAGCUGUCAGACGCAGACAAUCAGGAUCAAGCCAUGCACUGGGCUUGGGGAGAGCUGCCACAGGCUGCCACGCCGUCCUUCCUCCCAGUGAAACCCGACCCUCCACCAGUUUGCCCAGUGUCCAUCCCAGUGUCUGAGAGCACACACUUCCGUGUGAUAACUCAAGAGACAUCGUCAGAACAGUGCGGACCCUGCUCUGAAAUAUCGGCGCUCAGGCUGCUGAUGCCAGGGGAGACCAGGGAGGAGACAGUGGGGAUGGAGUCAGAGUCCAUGAGGGUGGAGACGCAGACAACUGGAGGUGUCGCAGCUCAUACAAUAGCUGACAUGGAGGAGACGACUCCUCGGCCACAGGGCAAAACGGACUCUCCGUCCAAGAGAAAAGACAAGAGAAGCCGCCAUCUUGGCUCAGAUGGGAUUUACCUGGAUGACAUCACAGAACUCGAGCCUGAAGUGGCGGCUCUUUAUUUCCCUAAGAGUGACAGUGGUUCGACAGUGAGGAGCAUAUCAGACCCAGGCCUCCACAGCACCAGUCUGUCCCCACAGUCUGUCAGCUCUGGAGGAGACAGCGGAGUGGACAGCUACUGCGACCCCAUGGGUGACAUGCCAUCUAUCGCCAUCUCCUUGUGUGGUGGACUCAAUGAAAACAGGGAGAUCACGAAAGAUCAGUUCCACGAGAAGAUCAUCACAUACCAGCAGUUUGCGGAAAACCCCUCCAUCAUCGACGACCCCAACUUGGUCGUGAAAAUUGGCUCCAAAUACUAUAAUUGGAGCUCUGCGGCUCCACUUAUGCUGGCUAUGCAGGCCUUCCAGAAACCACUGCCAAAGGCUGCAGUGGAGAACAUCAUGAAGGAGAAGAUGCCCAAGAAAGGAGGGCGGUGGUGGUUCUCGUGGCGAGGCAGAAACAGCAGCACCAAAUCGGAUUCAGUGUCUGAGCGUGGGGCCUGUGGCUACGCUGAGCAGGCUGGGAAAAUGUCCAGCAGACAUAAAGAAGAAUCGUCCUCUAGUGAUGAAGACCACAGGGCAACACUACAGAGCUCUUCCUCCAUCCAAUCAGAGCCAUCAGGGGGCGUGUCUUAUAAGAAAACACUUCGGCUCACAUCAGAGCAGCUGCUUUCUCUCCAGCUGCAGGACGGUCCUAACGAUGCUGUGUUCAGUGUGACCACUCAGUACCAGGGAACCUGUCGCUGUCAGGGCACCAUCUACCUCUGGAACUGGGACGACAAGAUCAUCAUCUCUGACAUAGAUGGAACCAUCACCAGGUCGGACACACUGGGUCACAUCCUGCCCACACUGGGGAAAGACUGGACCCACCAGGGCAUCGCACACCUCUACCACAAAGUCAGCCAAAACGGCUACAAGUUCCUGUACUGUUCAGCUCGAGCUAUCGGCAUGGCUGACAUGACCAGAGGUUACCUCCACUGGGUCAACGAGAGAGGCACCAUGCUGCCUAUGGGCCCCGUCCUGCUCAGCCCGAGCAGCCUCUUUUCAGCUCUUCACAGGGAGGUGAUUGAGAAGAAACCAGAGAAAUUCAAGGUGGAGUGUCUCAACGAUAUCAAGAACCUCUUCUACCCAAACGCACAGCCGUUCUACGCAGCGUUCGGCAACAGACCAACGGAUGUCUAUUCUUAUAAAGAAGUCGGAGUGCCACUGAACAGGAUUUUCACAGUGAACCCUAAAGGCGAGCUGGUGCAGGAGCACGCCAAGACCAACAUCUCAUCUUACGUCCGUCUGGGUGAGGUGGUGGACCACGUGUUCCCCCUGAAGAUGCGAGCCUCUUCCUCAGACUUCCCCUGCUCGGACACCUACAGCCACUUCACCUUCUGGAGGCAGCAGCUCCCCCGGGUGGACCAUCAGGGAACUACACCUCCACAGACUCCCACUCCCAGCAGCUGACUACCUGUGGCCUGCUGAGCACUGACUGACUGAUGGUGUGAUGGUGACAUGUGUGUGUGUGUGAUAUGACUUUGUAGAUUUGUGUAGCAGAUGGAGCACUUUGAGUGCACAGCAGACAGAGAGAUACUGAAAGGGUAAGUUUGGUAUUUUUCAGCCUGGACCAUAUUUUCUCAUGUUUUUGUGUCUUCGUGACUGAUGAGAACAAUUUUUAAGAAUGAUUUAGCACCGAGUGAGAGGGCAUGUUCCCACUGUCAGUUUACGUCCACUAAUGGUGCUUGUUGUCACUGACAGGCUCCGAUGAAUAUUAAAAGUGUCUGACAACGAUAUGGAAAGGAUCCCUACAGAGAUAGACCUUUUUGUUAAAGAAUAAGAUCCUUUUUUAAUCAGAAACAACCCCAAAAUUGCUAUCAUCAAACCCACCAGACUCCAUUUAAAUAAGCCUGUAUAGAGGCAACAUAUUUUUAUUUCUACCUUGGUGAAUUUCAGGUUUAUUUCAACCAAAUCAGAGUUGGU